CACACGCACACUCACUCUUUCCCCCGGGCAGGGGAAAUUUUUUUCAUCCAUGUCGCUCAAGCAGGACGCCGAAGUGUAAAAGUGGGGGGAGAAAGAUGGAGAUGGUUUUUGCUUAGUUGAAACACCAACGCCGCUCAACAUCUUGGGGUUCAUCGCCGAUUUUCUUCUCCCUCUCCGAUACGAUCUUCACUCGAAGUUCCGGCCCCGUGAAUGUGAGAUAAUCGACGCCACACUUGGGAUGGCGUCGUUCGACGUCUCCGCGAAGCCCGGCAGCUGUAGUAUUCAUGAUGAAAACUUCUUGUCCGGCGCUAAUCCUUCUGUUUCCUCGCCAGCCCAGAAAGGAGCGGAGGACGUGCUUUACAACGAGCUUUGGCAGGCUUGCGCCGGUCCACUGGUGACAAUUCCGCGCUUAGGAGAGCUGGUGUUUUAUUUUCCUCAGGGACACGUCGAGCAGGUCGAGGCGUCCACGAAUCAGGCGGUUAACCAGCAGAUGCCGAUCUAUGACCUCCCGUCAAAGAUUCUCUGCCGCGUAGUGAACGUCGAUUUGAAGGCAGAGCUGGAUACUGAUGAGGUUUAUGCUCAAAUAACUUUGUUCCCUGAGCCAAACCAAGAUGAGAACGCAAUUAAAAAAGAGCCCCCGCCACUGCUGCCUCCAAGGCCUCAUAUCCAUUCAUUUUGCAAAAUUCUGACUGCUUCGGAUACCAGCACACAUGGGGGCUUCUCUGUAUUAAGACGGCAUGCUGACGAGUGCCUUCCUCUCCUGGACAUGGGGCGGCAGCCUCCAAGUCAGGAGCUGGUGGCCCAGGAUUUGCAUGGGGUUGAGUGGCGCUUCCGCCACAUCUUUCGUGGACAACCAAGAAGGCAUUUGCUGCAGAGUGGGUGGAGUUUCUUUGUUAGUUCUAAAAGGCUUAUUGCAGGUGAUGCCUUCAUUUUUUUGAGAGGGGAAAAUGGAGAACUUCGUGUGGGAGUGAGAAGAGCAAUGAGGCAGAAGACCAACAUUCCAUCCUCAGUCAUCUCUAGCCACAGCAUGCAUCUUGGCAUCAUUGCAACUGCAUGGCAUGCUAUUACCACUGGAACCAUGUUCACUGUUUACCACAAACCAAGGACAAGCCCUUGCGAGUUCAUCAUUCCAUUUGAUCGGUACAUUGAGUCUCUCAAAAAUAACCAUUCAAUAGGAAUGAAAUUCAAAAUGAAGUUUGAAGGUGAAGAAGCCCCAGAGCAGAGGUUCACUGGUACGAUAGUGGGCAUAGGAGAUCUUGAUUCGAGCAGUUGGCCUGCAUCAAAAUGGAGAUGUCUGAAGGUGCGAUGGGAUGAGAUUUCUUCUAUUCCUCGGCCUGAGAGAGUUUCCCCUUGGCAAAUUGAGCCAGCUACAACUCCAGUUAGUCCCUUACCUCUACCAAGACCCAAAAGACCUCGGGGGAAUGUGAUGCCCUCCACUUCCAAUUCAUCUGCUCUUGUAAGAGAAGGGACAUGUAAGGUUGCUGAAGAACCUUCUCAAACACACGAGAUUGUAAUGGAAAUGAAAGGAAAAAAUGUUUCAAAUUUGAAGAAUAGUAACUCUAGAAAUGAGAUGGAUUUUGAUCUCAAAACUAGUGGCUGGACGACCUCUAUUGAAGGGGUGAAAAAUCUGGGUUCUUCACAGAAAAGUUUGAGUUUAGAUGGUUGCAUUCAUAAGGUUAGGCAUGAAACUAUGUACACUGACAUGCUAACAGGCUUUGAAACCUCUGCUGGUUUGCAACAUUAUGGUAUGCCAUCAUCUGUACAUUCUUCUGGUGAUGCAAAGUCUUCAAGGAACUAUUUUCCUAGCCAGGAUGGUGAAUCUAACCUGCUUUCGAGCGAAUUAUCUUUGAUGCCAUCUCAUACUUCCAUGCAUUUUGAAGGAAAGAUGCCAACACAGACUAGUGAGCUGUGCUAUCGUGAUAAUCAAAAUCCUGGAUUUUACGGGGUGGGAAGAUACUCGUUGGCUCAUUGUCUCGCAUCCCAGCAACAUUAUCCGAACUGGUUGAUACAUUCAUCGGUGAAUUCUGGAGCAGAAUCUUUAUUACAGGCAAAGGUGCCAACUUUGCAGCCUUUCACAGCGGCCAAUGAUGAAGUUUUAAAGCCUAAAGAAGGUGGUAUCUACAAGCUAUUUGGGUUUAAUCUCAAUGGAAACCCUUGGAAUUCAAAGCCUGUAAUGCCAGAAGUAAACAUCUGCCAAGAAGCGACGUUGUUUACUGAGCCGAAAGCUAUACUGCCUAAACAAUUUGUUCCCGAAUCAGACCAACUUUCUGAUCGGUUCAAAGGUAGAAAAUCAGUUGACGUUAUCUAUUCACCGAAGGAGUAUGAGAAAUGUGCUCAAUUUUCUCUCCAAUCUGCUAAAGAUGUACGUGGAUCAUUAAGAAGCUUCACAAAGAUGCAUAAGCAGGGAAUUUUACUUGGGAAGUCAGUCGAUCUUACUAGGUUUAGCAGCUAUGCUGAACUCAUUGCAGACUUGGAUAAGAUGUUUAAGUUUGGAGGUGAAUUGAUUGGCUCUAGCAGAAAGUGGAUGGUAGUAUAUACGGACAAUGAGGGUGAUAUGAUGCUUGUUGGAGAUGAUCCUUGGGAGGAGUUUUGUAGCAUAGUAUGCGAGAUUUACAUAUAUACUACAGAGGAGGUGCAUAAAAUGAAUCCUGGAACACUCGAGCGAAGACCUGAAGACAAUGCACGUUUGCUGAAGGAUAAUAUAGUUGCAGAAGAAAUAAAGGCCGCUCCAUCAGACUUUGAAUCUAAGAGCCAUGAAAUUCGAUAAGAAAUAUCUCAUAGAUUUGCAAUGACAUCAUAGCCGAUUGAAUGGAAAUUUCGAGGACCAUUACCAUAAUUGAUGUGAUAACUCUUCUUCAUUCUUAUCCUCUUCUUUCCCACUCCCCCUCUCUCUUUCUCUCCAGGCGGGCCAGCCAUUGCUGAAGUCUCGUCCUUCUCUGGAACAGUCGCUCUCAUUGUGGUUGGGCUUCCCUUAAAUUGAAAUACAAUUAUGGAUGCGAUUGUGUUUUUUAUUAGCUUUUUAUUCCUAUUUAACACCUUUGCCUUCCCCACAUACCACUUCCUGCUUCUUAAAUGUUUGUACAGGCUUGUGAUUUUUGUAAAAGUUUUCUGUUAUCAUGGUAACCUUGUCAUUUUUCAUGUGUAAAUAUAUGAUGUGUUUCUAGUUCAAUUUCUA